ACCUGGAACACCAAUACUGGAACGAGUGUAUUCUUGUAAGAAAGGUUUGAAUAGUUAUAGGAAGAGAGAGAGAGAGAGAACAGAUAAGAUAAAAGGAGGGAGAGAGAGAAAGACAGAGAGACAGAGAAAGAGAAAGAAAAGGAAAAGGAGAAAUAUACAUAUGACGGAGAAAGGCAGUGAUAUAUAGAAAAAGGUUAAAGUGUGAGUAAAGCGUGUAUAUAAAGCAACUUCUUGCUUAUUUCACAUUAGUUAAACGUAAUUCGCCGAAGAAACAGGAGCAACGAUGGACGUGCUCGGCUUCAGAGAUCAUUCCACGACUUUGGCACUUGUGGCUGGGCUUAUUUUAUCAAUUUACCUAUUUGGAAGAAGAAGCUUUUCAUAUUUCAAAGAUCUUGGCAUUCCUGGACCAGAACCUACUUCUCAUUUGGGAAAUUUGAGAGAAUUACAGAAAAAGGGAUAUAAUUCCGUGUUCAAAUACUGGAGAGAAGUUUAUGGCGAUGUAUAUGGUAUAUUCCUUGGAGUGAAACCUAUUCUUGUAAUAUCCGAUCCAGAAUUGAUCCAAGAAGUUUUUGUCAAAAAAUUUCAAAAUUUUAUCAACCGAACUGCAUAUGCAAGAGAUGAAAUCAGUAAACUUGAAGUUGCAUCAGCCAAAGAUGACCACUGGAAAUAUCUGCGAAAUGUGAUGGCUCCUUCCUAUAGCCCUCGUCAAAUAAAGGAGAUGAUCUCAAUGAUUCACACAUGUGCUGAUACACUGGUGGAAAACACAGAAAAGUUGGCUGAUAGUGAAAGCGUUAAUGGUGAUUUGCUGUGAGAUGUAGCGAAACCU